UCGCGCCAACACAAACGCCGCAAACGAGGAAGUGGAAGGUCCACAUUCCAAACGUUUGUAGCGGAGGGGAGACACGCCCAUGGCGUGGGACUGUAGGGUAGUUUGACGUUAUGGGGCUUGGGCUACUCGCCUCGCUGACAACGGUUCCAGCGAAUCGGAUCCCACACGGCUGCUGCCAGAGAAAGCGGCAACAGGUUACAGCCAUGUUAUCUGAAGGGCUUGUGCUUCUCUGGUGUUUGCUGCUGUGUGCGAUGGAUGGAGGAGUGAGAGGGUGUGAGUGCCCAAGGGCGACCAUUUUGGCUCAGUUUCCCAGCAGGCUACCUGCGGAAGCCUGCUGCCUGAACUACUCUGGCUCGACCUUCGGCAGUGUGACGUGGGCCUUGUUCUCUGAGGUGAGGAACCUGGAAGUCCUCGACCUGUCGGACUGUAACGUCACACACAUCCCGGAUGCCGCCGGUCUGCCAGCCGGGCUGAGGGAGGCGUAUCUGGGCCGCAACGCGCUGAGAACGCUUCCCGAGGGCUUCCUGGCGAACGCCACCCAGCUCAGAGUGCUGGACCUGGGGGGGAACUUCCUGGAGAGGCUCCCGGACGACUUCCUGCAGGGCUCCAGCCAUCUCCGGGAGCUGCGGCUCGACUCCAACCAGCUGUCCGUCCUUCCGCCCGGCGUGUUCCUGCCCGGCCUGCAGCGGCUGGAACUUUCCGGAAACUCCUGGGACUGCUCCUGCUCCCUGGUGGAGGAGCUGCAGGGGGGUCGCCGGGGCAACGAGAGCAGCUGGCAGGGCGUGGUGGGGAACCUCACCUGCGCCUCCCCCAACAGGCUCUCCGGCCAGAGCGUGUGGUCGGUGCGGUCGUCCGACGUGUGCCACAUCCCCAGCCUCACCCUGCUCUUCAUCCUGGUGCCGCUCGCCCUCCUCCUCGCCCUGGGGCUGUGCUGGUGCUGCGGGCGGAAGAAGAAGAGGAAGGAGGCCACCUUCCGGCCGGCCAAGUGGACCCCCGAGCCCACCGCCGUCACGGUAACCGGCCCCGCCGCGCCGCACCGGAACGGCUCGGAACACGAGCGGCGCCGGGGGCGACCCAAGACCCCCGAGGGAGCGGGGAAGAUCGGGAGGGACGUGCUCCUGAGGAACCAGCUCAUGUUCCGGCCCUCCUCCGACCUGCUCAGCAGCAGCAGGGACCUCUACGAGGAGGUGGAGGUCAAGCUGGGCUCCGUCGACUCCCUGGACCCGCCCACCUCCGAGGACCUCCCCCCGGCCCCCAGCCUGGAGUCCCAGGAGCGGCCGGAGAGCCAGGCGGAGGGCGACAGGACCGACCCGGAGACGGUGAGCGUCACUGAGGUCAUGAAGGACUCGGCGGACCGGGAGAAGGCCUACCUGGCCCAGUCCACGGAGUACUACAGCCUGGUCCCCGGCAUGGACCUGGAGGACUCUGACCACUGCGAGUACGAGAGUGUGGACCUGUCCUCGUGACCGGCCCCGGGCAGGGGCUCCGCCCACAGCUCCUCUCGGACCUUUACCGGACCGCUCCGGCCUCACGGCCGCGCCUGAACAACGCGUCCGUCACUGCGAGCUGUCCGUAUUCUUCCCGGAUUACAGACCGGGGUGGGUUUUUUAACGUGAAGUCUGGUUACGUGACGCUGAGUACCCACGUAGCAACUGGGGAAAUCCAGGACUGAAAUGUAUAUUGUUUGUCAAUAAACUAUUAUUUUUGUUUAACUAAUUUGUGAAUUUGCUUCUCAAAAUGUUUGACAAGUUUUAUAACAUUUUAAUAGAAUGCAGUUUGCGUGAUGUCCUCUUACUAUUAAUCUAUAGUUAUGCUUGUUGCUCAAAAGCUAUAAAUAUUAGAUUUUCCAACAGUGAGAUUCCCAUUCUUGUUUGACUUGUUUGAUUCUUGUUACUAUGACAAUGUUCUGUUUGUUGUCCAUGUAUUUAUUUUGAACGAACUCACUUGCGUUUAAAUACAAUUGAAGUCAAUCAGACUUAUAAACUAAAACAUCUUUCCGUAUGAGUGAAUGACAUCAACUUUAUGAGAAUGUUAUUUAUUAAAUAUAAUUGAAGGGAAAUUUUUAUAAUUUUUAUUGAUAUAAGAAAGUACAAAAAUACACCAAUAUGAGGAAUUGUUUUCUGUACUUUCUGACAAUGAUGUUAUAUUUGAGUUGAUGUUUUUGAUAAUUUUAUAUAAAAAAAGAACAUUAAUAUACAGCAAUAUUGUUGUCCACUACCCAACAAUGACAUAAUUAUUUCCCAGAAUAGAAAUAAUCCAGUGAUGUAGUGUUUUUACUUUUAUUUUGACACAAAACCCCCUGAAACCCCUACGCUGAAAUCCCCUCAUUCAUUGAAACUGUCAGGGCGUACCCCCUGCAGAUAUCAUCUCCCUCCCAGAUCAGACUAGCUCAGCUGCAGGAGACCAAUGGAGAAUGCUAAUGGAGACAAGCUGCCAUCCGUGCAGAGAUCUGGGAGUGCACGGAUUUCUGCUUAACGGCAUGAAGCAACAAACCCACCAGUAUCUUUCUACACCUGUAUUGCCCCCCAAACCAUACCCACACACGCACACAACCGCAGUGACCUCCGGAAAGCCCAUGGCUGACCACACUCUUGCUCUACAUUCUUCCGUACAGUGCCUUUGGGUUGAGAUUUACAGAGAACUGUAAGCAGUGUUCGGGCAAACUUGUUAGCUAAUUUGACUCUGAGGAAGAGGUGUGGAAGUUCCUGUAAUUUAAAAAUAACCCGGCUGCAUUGUUGCGCACAGGAGUCCAUUGUGGUCAUCAUUCUUUGCUUUCCAUAGACACUCUUGCUCUGAAUGUUGCGUAUUUGCAUCUUGGCAGACUCCUGAAUGAAAGUUUUAAUAUGAAGUAAAAGAAACUGUAAAAUGAUACUUUUAAAAAUAAAUUGUGGUGUGUAGACGCUGAAGAACUGUAGUGUACUGUAGACAUGGCUGACCCAUGUGUGACCCAUAUUUCCAUAUGGCUCCAAAGUCAAACCUCUCAGUUUAUACAUCAACACAUAUUCUGCAAACCUCAUCUAAACCUCUCCUUAAUAAAAUAAUAUUCUCAUUAACUGUGCCUUUCCACAGCAGUGUUAUAACAAGAUAAGGGUCAACAUCGUCACCUGUCGCAUUAAAAAGCUAUUAAAGAAAAAGCUAUUAAACUAUUAAAAUUCUGUUGUUGUUUGUCGCUAAUGAGUGAAGGUUAUUUGCACCAGGGAUUAUACAGAGUUUAAAGACUGUUGAAGUACAUGACAAACUUAUGUGACUGACUACUAUUUGCUGAAGGAACUGAACAUUUUUUUAUUUUACAGAGAUUUUUUCAUGUUACAUCUUUGGAAUGAGCAGUUAUAUGUACAGGUUUGUAAAGAUAUAGGGCAAUAAAUAAAUAUCUGUUUACUGCA